UCGCUGCCGGCGGCCGAUCGACCCCGCGCCGGCCUGGGCGUCUGUCGGUCCGUCCGGCGGCCGGUCGGACAGCUAGCCGGCGCUCGCAGGCGCGCGGUCGAGCCGGCCGGGGCGGAGAUCAAUGCGGCUUUGUGCGGGGCCGCCCACACCCCGGGGGCCGCUCGGGGCGGCGGGUGCGAGCGCGGCGGGCCGGGCGGGCUGAGAUUAGCGGCCAUGUGACCUUACCUGGGCCGGGCGGCGGGGGAGGGGCGCGCAGGUGAGGCGGCGGCCGCCGGGCCCUGCACGCGCACUCGGCGGCCGCGCACUCGGCGGCCGCGGGCUCGGCGGCAUGGCUGUCAGCAGGAAGGACUGGUCCGCGCUGUCCAGCCUGACCAGGCAGUGGACUCUAGAGGAUGAGGAGGAGCAGGAACGUGAGCGCCGGCGGCGGCACCGAAAUCUGAGCUCCACCACAGACGACGAGGCUCCCAAGCUCGCCCAGAAUGGAGACGCACCGGCUGCCCAGAGACUGCCGAGCGUGGAGGAAGGAGAGGUGCCCAAGCCACGAACCUCAGCCUCUAAAGAUGAGGAGGACACCCAGGCCAUGCUCAGGACCCGGCAGGAGCAGAGGCAGAGGCGGCAGGUGGUGGAGGCUGCGCAGGCCCCCAGCCCGCCGGGGGCACAGGAGCCAAGGGACAGCUCUGGCCCAGGGCAGGCCAAGCAGCAGCCCCUUGUGCCCAAGAAGGACGGGGAGCCGCCACCUCGCCGGAGACUGAGCCGGGAGCGGUGGGGCCCCUGGGCCGGGGAGGAAGAGAGCUUGGCGGGUCGAGAGUCCGAAGGUGGAAAGAAGGAGGUCUCAGAGAAGUCGGCAGUCUUGGAGAAGCCCCCCGUCCUGGGGAAGACAUUAGUACUUGGAAGGAGACUGGUCUCAGAGGAAACCUCCAUCUCGGAGAAGGCUCUGGGCCCUGAGAAAACAUCUGUGUCAGAGAAGAAGUCAAUUCUAGAAAAAACAAGUGUGUCGGAGAAGCUGCCAGCCCCAGGGAAGACUUCAGACACAGAAAGGAGAGUAGUUUCUGAGAAAGCAUCGCUCUUUGUGAAGUCUCUGGUGUCAGAGAAGACCCAGGCCACCGAGACAAAGCUGGCCCCAAAGAGGGCAGCCGCCUCAGGGCAGCCCCAGGCAGGGGGACAGCUGGCCUCGGGGGGAAGCCAGCCCCCUCCCACCACAGGGCAAAGGGGAACGGCCCUCCCCGAGAAGAGCCCACCAUCCUCGGCCAAGCUGGGAGAGCAGGGGGCGCCAGACCCUCCGACUGUGGCUUCCCGCCUCCCGCCCAUCACAUUCCAGGUGAAAAUUCCCAGCAAGGAGGAAGAGGUGGACACACCCUCGCCCACCCAGGCCACCUACAGCAGCUCCCUCAAACGCUCCAGCUCCAGGACCAUCUCCUUUCGGAUGAGCCCCAAGAAAGACAACUCAGAAACAACCUUAACCCGCAGCGCUAGCAUGCGGCUCCCGGCUGGCACAGUCAAGUUAGGGGAGAAGCUGGAGAGAUACCACUCGGCUGUCCAGAGAUCAGAAUCCGUCAAGUCUCCCGGCUCCUCCCGCACCGAGUUCUUCGUGGCUCCCGUGGGCGUAGCCAGCAAGCGCCACCUCUUUGAGAAGGAGCUGGUAGGCCAGAGCCGAGCAGAACCGGCCUCCAGCCGGAAGGAUAACUUGAGGCUUUCAGGGGUUGUGACAUCAAAGCUCAACCUGUGGAUCAGCAGGACCCAGGAGUCUGGAGAUCAGGACCCGCAGGAGGUGCGGAAAGAGUCAGGAGCCACCAAGAGGACCCAGUGGGGAAACAAAGACUCCUCCCUGGAUGUAGAGGUGUGACGAGCCCUGCCAGGAUGGACCUGCGAGUCUGCAUCUCAGGGGCCCUCCCUCAGGCCAGACCCUGCCACCAGCAGCAUCCCUGUCUCUCACCCCUGCUCCCUCUCUGCCUCUGGACCUGGCGCCACGGGUGUCGGGGAGCCUCAGCCACCUCCUUCCCAGUCUAGCGUCUGGGGGCGGGUGUGCCCCGGCCCCUUCUCCCACUGCAGGCGCAGCAGAUCCUGGGACCCGCUGUCCGCCCAGGCACAGCACCGACUCUCGUCAGCACCGUGUGACCUCCACGUCCUGUCCGGAGGUGGCCUCCAGGCCCUGCUCACGUCCAGGGGCGGGGCGGUGCUGUCCCCCCUGGAGUGUGCCUCCACGUGCCUGUGAUGUCUGUCCCUCACUGAGGCCUGGAGCCACCCCUCUCAGUCCCGGCGGCCUGCCUCCAGCUUGCUGAGGCCCGUCAGGCCACAUUGGCCAGGCGCUGCCCUGUGUCUUCCGUGCGCCCUGUCUCCCUGCUUCCUUUGCCUCUCGCCUCCUUGGCCUGCUGCUCGGCCAGCAGCUUGGUGCCGUUUUGUGCACCCCUUCACCCUCUUUCUGAAAAAGCUGUUCUCAGGAAAGAGCUGAUAAACUCAUUCACUCUCAGGUGUGACUAGUAAGACCUUAAGAAUGGAUUCCUUCCCGGAGGACUUGCUUUUGAGCGGGGUCGUCUGCAGAGUGUGAGGAGGAUUGUUGUGACUGGAUGGGGGGGUCAGGUGUUGUUUUCCCUGCAGCCCCUCUUUUCCUCACGUUGGGGGGGGCGGCCACCCGGUCCUAGCCUAGUGGCUUGGCGGGGGGGCUGGGACUAGAGUGCCACGGCUCCGCCACGCUUCCCCAGCGCGGUCUCCCCGCCCCCAGUGUCAUGGCCCGUGUGAGCUUGGAGAAGGCUGAGCUUUCUGAGCAUCUAGGACAGACCGAGCUCGGUCUGGUGCUCUGUCGAACCCCUUAAUGCUGUAAUUUUAAAAAAAAUGUAUGUAUGUGUGUGUACACACAUGUGUAUUAUACAUAUAUGGAUAUACAUUUAUA